CGCAGCAUUUAGCUUGCACAAAUCCUCUCCGUUAAUCGCUUCUCGCCGGCUGGUAAGGAUGCAGACAUCAUGCAGUCAUCUGUGGGUGGUGGCAGACCAUAGACCAUAGACCAAAACAAACGAGCAAACACAGUCCUGCUCCGACGGCGAAUUCAGGAGGAAGCUCCUGCUAGCUCAAUGGCGAUGAAAAUGGAUUUAAAUACCAUCAUAGCGCAGAUGGAGACGGGGGAGCAAGACACUGCUUUGACGGCUCUCCAGAGCUACAACAAGGAGAUGAACCAGUGCUUUACAUUUAGCAGAGAAGAAGAGCGGGAAAGAGAGCAUCUGGGGGAGUUGGUGCUCGAUUUCUUGAAUGGGGAGUUGCAGCCUUCCUGUCAGCUGGCAUGUCUAGAAACAGUUCGCAUCCUGUCCAGAGACAAACACUGCCUGGAUCCCUUCAUCAGCCGCUCUGCCAUGUCCACUCUUGCCCGCUACGCCGGCACCGCUGUGGCCAGCACUGCCACACCUGCACACAGCAAGCCGAUGGAGGGCCAAGUGGAGGGUGAGGGAGGAGAGGGGGAAGAGGCAGAAGAAGUAUCCAGUGAGUUGGUAAAGGAAGCCUCCCCUCCUUCAGAAAACCCUGACCAGGAAGUGAUUGUCGAGGCUCUCAAGUCUAUUUGUAACAUCCUGCUACACAACGAGACGGGACAGGUGGUAGCAGCAGAUCUGCAGCUGAUAAAGGGUGUGGCAGAGAGGCUGAAGCAGUGUCACGAUCCCAGCUGGAGCCAUGAGGUGCGUUUCUUUGACUUGCGCCUCACCUUCCUGCUGACUGCCCUGAGAGUGGACAUCAGGGCACAGCUAGCUCAGGAGCUUCACGGCAUCAGUCUGCUAGGCAACCAGUUGGAUGCCACAAUGGGUCUGUGUUGGCCAGAUACAUUGGAGACAGCCAGGGCGGGGUUAGAAGGUGUCCCACUUGAAGAACUACCCCCACUGAGCCGGCAACAGACAGAACUAGCCAUGGAAAUACUGAAAAUACUGUUCAAUAUCACGUUUGACAUAAAUAGGCGCAAGGUCGAUGAGGAAGAGGCAGCAGAGUACAGACAUUUGGGAGCCAUACUGAGACACUGUCUAAUGAGCCAUGCAGAUGGAGAGGAGCGGACUGAGGAGUUCCACAGCCAUACUGUUAACUUGCUUGGUAACCUCCCUCUGCCGUGUUUGGAUGUACUGUUGAUGCCUAAGGUGCAACAAGGCUCCAUCGAGUACAUGGGGGUCAACAUGGAUGCUGUCAAAAUGCUGCUGGAAUUCAUGGAGAAAAGACUUGACCGGGGACAUAAGCUGAAGGAGACUCUUCUGCCAUCACUGAACUUGCUGACUGAGAGUGGCCGCAUCCACCGAGAGACCAGGAAGUUCCUCAGGUCAAAGGUGUUGCCCCCACUGCGUGAUGUGAAGAACAGGCCAGAGGUGGGCAGUGCUCUGAGAAACAAACUAGUCCGUCUUAUGACACACAUUGACACUGAUGUCAAGGACUGUGCUGCCGAAUUCCUCUUUGUUCUCUGCAAAGAAAGUGUUUCAAGGUUCAUUAAGUAUACUGGAUACGGUAAUGCUGCAGGUCUGCUGGCUGCUAGAGGACUGCUUAGGGGGGGCAGAGACUCUGGGAUCUACUCUGAAGAUGAAGACUCUGAGACAGAGGAGUACAGAGAGGCCAAGGCUCACAUAAACCCAAUAACAGGAGUUGUAGAAGAGGAGCAGCCUAAUCCCAUGGAGGGAAUGACAGAGGAGCAGAAAGAAUAUGAAGCUAUGAAGCUGGUCAACAUGUUUGACAAACUGUCAAGGACCAAUUUGAUCCAGCCCAUGCAGCUCAGUAUGGAUGGGAAAAUGAGAGAGAUGACUUCAGAGGAUCUGCAUAAAGUGGCCCACAAUCCUUUAUUCCAGCCAGAAGAGCCAGCUAACCCAGACAGUGAAGAUGAGGCUUAGUAAACACAGAAAAAUAAAGGCAGAAACAGAUAUAACCCUUGUGACAAUCCUGGCAGAGCUGUCUCAUAGUUUUAAAUAUUCACAUGCCACAGGGUCCAAACUGUUCCUGUUUGUUUAUUCUGAUGGGACGUGAAGUGUGGAAAGUUGGGAUUAGUUCAGUAAGAGUGAAAACACAGCAUGGUGUACAUGGGAAACAGCUUGAAGGACCAUAUCACUGGCUUUACAGUAUAUGUGCUAUCCUAUCGACUACAAAUUAAUAGUGUUUUAAUGCUGACCUUUUUCCAAAGACUACCACUAGUUUGUUGAUUAUUUUUCUUCCUCCCAGACAUUCGUUUCAGUCCAUUUACACUACGAGUAUGGAGCACUAUAACAACACCAGAGAGUUAAAAGGGAACCACUAAAAUGGAAAUUUACACUUAGAAAAAGGAGAAGCAUGAGGAACAUUUCCAGUGAGCUUGGCUAAAGAAUUGUUCAGUCAAGGAUGGUUUCAUGUAGAUUUAGAUGGUUGAGAAUUGAUAUUGUUCCUCAGUCAGCUCAAAUAAUCAACAGUCUCCAAGAGGGUUUUUCUUUUGAUUCUCAGCUAAUGUAGGCUUUCAUGCACUCAGUGGGCAGCAUACAUCAACAGGAAAAUUGGUGGAGGAAAUUCUUCGUUAAUCAAAAGCCAGCAUCUGGUCACCUAGACUUUACAUGAUUGGGUCUUUAAAACUUAUUAAAGCCAAAAUAAAUUAACUUCCAAAGUACAGAUUUCUUCACUGAGGAUUUCUUCAAAAUAUAGACUCACUGGGAUUGGCUGAUCCCUCAAAUUCCAAAAUGUGCUUCCAGCUCACUGUUUUACAGCUCAACAAAUACACACAAAAGAUCAUUUGAAUAUAUCAAAUGACAUAAAUUUUGUUGUUGCAUGCAUGAAAAAGGUUCCCGUUGAGCUAGUGACUCCCUAAUCUCAGAUGUCGGAGCAUCCUUGAACACACCAACAGGGGGACUUUUCAAAACAGACCCUGCUUACAGCUCCAUCACUACAUGACUGAAACGUUACUUUUGACAGAAUGAAUAAGCUACAGUAUCUGGUGCAAGUUUCAUUUCUAUGGAGGUGGAUUUUCAUAUUAUAAUGAACUCGAAACUAAUGGCUGUCUGGAAGGUGGAGAAUCAGACUGAAAAUUGAUGAUAUGCUUUAGAAAAGGUCAACAAUCGUGUGAUUUGAUCUGUAGAUGGCAAAAUGUGAGGAAAGCAAUAGUAUGGUCCUUUAAAUAAUGUUCCUGUCUAGAGAUAUAGACACAAUUAGAGCAUACACACAGAUAAAACACAGCAGUGUUGGCUUUGUUUCUGACAAACAAGUAAGUCCUUGCUCAUUUCUUGCUCAUCACUUGCUGUUCUAACCUUAAUGGGAUCAAUUAUUAGUGACACUUAAUGUUUUUGUUCAAGUUUUUGUGAUCCUGAGCUCUCUGUGGAUGCACAAGUAAACUUUGACUGGUCAUUGGUAUUUCUCAGUCAACUCCACACUUGCUUUGGUCAUUGACCAUUCCUGGCUCCAAAAUAAAUCCGCACCUCUCUGACACAAAACCUGAACCGCAAACACUUCACAAAUGUGGUGUGUGUUUGUAUGGUUCAGGGUUAUUUACUUCAUCGGGCAUGGUAAUGAUCAAACCUUGAAAUGUGAAAUGAUACCAUGCCGUCUGUAAAACACAACAACUAGCUGGGCUCACCAGACACCUCCCAUCGACAACCAAACCACUAACAACAUGCUGUCUCCAUAGUUUGGUUUUGAUUUGUUGAGGUUGUGAGGUCUUACCUUUUGAGCCUUCAGCCACCACCUCAAAGAGGUAAAUGUAAUUUGGUUUAUAAUCAGUCAAGUUUUGAAAAUGACAUUUGAAAAACUCAACAAUACCAUGUCUUUCCACAAACAAAAUCCCAGUUACCUUUACUCAGGAUAAUCCACAGCAGAGAACAGCUCUGUGUCCACAGUGGAAACUAGUCUGUGUCUCUGUUUGAAGUUGAACUCUGUAGGAACAUUUUUAAACAGUGCUGGAGCUUUUCCUGAUCAGAUGAAGAUGCGUCAUUUCUACUUUAAAUGAGAGCAGGAGAAAAUGUAUGAAAGCUAGCCAAAGAGAUGUCGUUCAGUUUGACAUAUGGAAUCAGUUGUAUUUUUGAAAAAAAAAACUAAUGAAUUUUAAAGGCCUGUUGUUUUUCAUAAAGCCCUUCAGAUGUUUUAUUUUUAGAAGUGAAAUGUGAAACUGCUGUCAGAUAAGAUUUUAGACGUAAAAUUAAGUGUUCUUAUGUUCUAUAAUCUGAAACACAUUAUAUAUGAAAUGUAUUCUCCUUUAUAUUGGUAUUGUAUAGCUGCCAACUAUCAUGGACUGUAACAUACGUUAAAUGUGUUUAAAUGACAGAAUUGUGUUGUGUGUUGCAGUAAGGAGGCCAUUCAGCUGUCCACACUUUACAAAUAUGCCACAAACCACAUCGCAUUUUGAGGAUUUGUGCCAUUUUGAUUCUGCAAACAAUUGUGUCCUUGAAACUUUUUAUCUUUUCUAUUUGUCUACAUUGAUUUUCUGGAGAUAUUCUGUAGCCACGUUACCAACGUAUUGCCCACAAAUAUCUUGUGUGACAGUUUGUGUAAUAACUUUUGCUUUCAUAUGGGUUACAUGUCCAAGUUAGUGGAUAAUACAGUUUUAACUGUGGACUGCUUGAUAGCCCUGGCCCUGAGGUGCAAAGCAUUGGACGAAACACAAUAAGAAACAAUAAAUACAACACAACAG